AUGAUUUUUGUGGUUGUCGGCGGCGGAAUCGCAGGAGUUAGUUGCAGUUUAGAGAUAUUGAAGCAUAGCAUGGAUGCUGAAACCCAAGUGAUUCUGAUUUCAGCGUCAAGUCAUGUGAAAACAGUGAAAAAUUGGUAUAAGAUCGGCCAAUUUACCGAGCAUUUCGAUGUCGGCGAGACAAAUGAGCCAAUAAGCAAUGAUAAUCGAUUAAAAAUCAUUUUUGACACCGUGACAAGCUUCAAUCCACUUGAAAAAUGCCUAUCAACCGGGCAAUCCGGCGAAAUUCGAUACGACAGGCUGGCGAUCGCGACAGGAGCGAGUCCGAUAUGCCCAUAUAAGUCGAAAAAUGUGAUUUGCAUUCGCGACACCGAUACCGUAAUCAAGCUCGAGGAGAAAUUGAAGAACGCCAAAAAACUCGCGAUCAUCGGCAACGGCGGCAUCGCUACCGAGCUUGUGUACGAAUUGAAGAAUGUGAACAUCGUGUGGCUGAUUCGCGAUUCGUCGAUUUCAUCGGCGUUCUUUCCUGCUCAACUCGCCAACUUCAUCACAUCCAAAUUGCUCAAAGGACGAGGUGAGAAUCGAAAAAAUUCCGGGAUUCUGAAGCGACAAAUUUUCACAACGUCGUCGUUGGGUCCUUCGGGAGCCGCGUUGGGUCCCGACUGGUGUACAGCCGUCGAUCUCACAGGUGCUGGCGAUCAGGGUCAACACAACGUCGAAAUCAUUCAAAACGCCAAAGUUGCGAAUAUCUGCGAAACCCAAUCGGGACUCCGUGUGGACUACACAGCACGAGAAGCCCAACAUCAAAUCGACUGCGAUUUUGCCGUCUGGGCGACCGGCGUUGUCCCAAACUCGCAAAUUUGGGCCGAGCAUCUGGAAAUUGCUGAAAAUCACGGAAUAAUCGUCGACGAUCUUUUCCGCACCACCAUUCCCGAUGUAUUCGCGUGUGGUGAUGUGUGCACACUCAGAUUCCCCGACUCUUCCCCUUUGUGGAAGCAGAUGUAUCUUUGGACCCAAGCCCGCCAGAUGGGCGCCUCUUGUGGCCUAUCAAUGGUGAUCGGAGAAGAAGCCCGAAUCUCCAACAUCCAUCUGGACCUGUUUGCGCAUUGCACGACAUUCUUCGGUUUAAAAAGAUUAAUAAUUAAUACAGAGCCAACAAAUUAUAUAAAUUAA